AUGGCUAGAACUAAGCAAACAGCUAGGAAAUCCACCGGUGGCAAGGCUCCUCGCAAGCAGCUCGCUUCCAAGGCAGCUCGCAAGUCCACUCCAAGCACUGGCGGCAUCAAGAAGCCUCAUAGAUAUCGCCCUGGCACAGUUGCUCUUCGCGAAAUUAGGCGAUAUCAGAAGAGCACUGACCUUCUUAUUCGCAAGCUACCAUUUCAGAGGCUUGUCCGUGAAGUCGCCCAAGACUUCAAGACUGAUCUGAGGUUUCAGAGUAGCGCCGUAAUGGCUCUACAAGAGGCUGCCGAAGCCUAUCUUGUGGGUCUCUUCGAAGAUACCAACCUCUGUGCCAUCCAUGCUAAGCGUGUAACUAUCAUGCCUAAGGAUAUGCAGCUCGCCAGGAGGAUCCGUGGCGAGAGAUCGUAA